UUCAAGACUUUUUUGGAAGUGUGGGAAACAAUUUGGGUUACAUUUAGCUCAUGCCAUUUACGAUCGCAUAUCUGAUGGAAUGCAGCUCAACUAAUAAUACAAGAUAAAGAAGAUUUUAUUAUAUUUUCCUUUUUGCGCUUUAUUAUAUUGCGCUUCUUAUCAGUGACUCAUUACUGCGGUCACAAUCAAAUUUUAACCUGAGGUCACAGGAAGUUCCCGCACGUUUGCAUCCUAUCCACCUGUCCACCCACACCUAGACAUCACGGACCAGCGGUACUCUCUUGAACAUUCCACAGGGACAUCAUUCUUUCCACUGGACACUUGCUUGUCCUGCAAAGUAGCUGUAAUGGGAUUCAUGCAAAUCCGUAGAUAUCCCUGAUCUUUUCUUUGGCAUAUUUUCACCUCUCCUGCUUACCCCCACCCCACGUCCCCACGUUCUUGUUUAUCCACAUUGUUUAACUAAAUGUCUCAUAAGAAGGAAGAAGGAAACUUUCAUUUAUUACUCUUAAUCAUUACUGUUUUGAGUCUUUUACUCAUAACAAUGCAUUGACCUCUGCUUGCCGAGAGGACAGUAGAGAUUCUUUGUAGUGCUGCAGGGUGCGAAGGCAAGAGUUGUGUAACUGUUACCCAUGAGAGCCACCCUAGCAGGGGGGUGGUGCAUAUCUCUAGAGCUAUAAGUAAGGCCAAACAGGAGGGUUCAACAUUAGACAAGCACCUGCAGCCGAGUAAGGUCUUGCUUUAGGCGAACAUCUGCAUAUUGAAACUUGACUAAUACACAAUGGAAUCAAGAACUACACUGAUCUUCAUUUUUACCUUGUUUGCAACUCUUCAUGAAGGUUGGGGGUUGCCUCUAGUCCGUGACCCACGCGACCCGUCCGCAACCCAUAGGGUCAGGACCAAACGCUGCUCUUGCAACAACCAGCUGGACUCAGAAUGCCAUUAUUUCUGCCAUCUGGAUAUUAUCUGGGUGAACACGCCAAGUAAGACCACAGUGUAUGGAUUGGGCAGUCCUUUAGCUCGUCGGCGAAGGUCUACGGGCCGUUGCUUCUGUGCCAACCCUGCAGAUACCACCUGCAACUCUUUCUGCCACUACAGUUUUGAGAAUCCUGCCAUAAUGCUUGUGAAUCCAUCUGAACCUGUGCGUGAAAAGCAGAAACAACCGAAAAAUGACUCAGAAAAUGCAAAGCCAGAAGUUCUUGUUUUAGGGAAAUCUGCCUCACCUGGGGCUCGGUCAGACGUUGUGACUUUCCUCAGGAACCUGGUAAAAGCUAGAGCCAGGGCCAUGGAGAAGACCACCCAGAGGCAGCAAGCAUCCAAGGUCAGCAAAACUGGGUAUAGAUGAAAUACUGACACUGAGACAGAAGAGAUAGGAGAGCGAGCACUUGAACAAGAAACAAACAAAUGCACGUUGCGAUCUGGAAGCGGUGCAACGGCAGUAAGAGAGCCCGAAACCGGUAGUCCUAUGGAAACAGAGACUUUGAGUAUAAGACAGAAUGGAAAAGUUAAAGGCGCUUGUGGAGUGCGGAAAUUAGGAUUUGAAGUUGACGGCAAGUUGGACUGUUUCUGUCUACUAGGACAACACGAAAGAGGGUCAGGUGUGAGUAACGGUCCUAAAGUUCAAACAGGACAAGUCGGUUAUGUGGUUUUGCUAGAGGUAUCGAAAAGCAUCGUAGCGAUUCCACAAUGUCAAAUGUUUGAAGAGCUGGAGAUAAACGGAUGGUGCAAGAUACCAUGUUGGCUAGAUCUAGAGGAAUUGACGGUUGUUACUGGCAACCGUGUAAUCAGUUCAUCUGUUUAUUGUUUAAUCUCAGCCAGAGAUUAUAAAAAAGAGACAGGAGAUAAUAAAAGAUAGGCAAAACUAGUUGUAUAAUAACUUAGGGCAGACAAUAAUGACCUAUAUAUGAGGAGAUUACAUAUAUAAGUGCUUAGGAAAACAAUGUAUUUUGUUGAAUUAUUGUCACGCCAAUGUCACACCAAAAGGGCUGGAAUUUUAAACGCCCUAUACCUGGAUUUUUGUACAUUCAUAGGUAUGCUGUUGUAAGACCUGUGACAUGUAAACGGACAUGUAAAUUAUGAAUCACCUUACAGUCAAAAAGUUGUUAUUACAGCUGCUAAUACAGUACCGUGCAAAGGCCGCCACCACCAGACUUGUGGUGUUUUAGAAGUUUUAAUGUCAAUCCAUAUUUAUUUUUUAAUCUAUUUUAUUAAAAUACAAACAGAAAAUACAGGAAAUUAAAUGUACAAAAAAAUAAAAAAAUGAAAUGUUCAGGACUAAAUGGCUUCUUUAGGCAUCAUCUGUGUUUAGUGUGACCUCUCUUGGCACUAAACACAUCUUGAGCGUUUUUGAGCAAAAUGAAGUAAAAAGACACAUUUCUUUAAAAUUAGAAAUUAGGAUUUUUAUUGCUCAAGUGAAAGAGGAGUUUGCCCUAAAAACUUGAAACAUCAGUUUACAUUUUUAUACAGUUUUUAAUACUACAUACACAUUUCCUGUAUUUUCUGGAUGUAUUUUAUUAAAGAGACUGAGAAACAAUUAUAUAUGAUCACUAUAACAUUGCAAAAACAACAAAUCUAAUUCUGGCAUGGUGGCCUAAAACUUUUGCACAGUACUAUAGUUAAGUAUGAAUUUCUGCUGGUUUGGUUCUGGUCUAGUUUACACACCAGCAUAGCCGUGUAAAUCUAAGCUGAUGAAUCUGGUUUUACUUGCAUGGUUUUUUAGAUGAAGCUGUGUAAGCUAUUAGAAUGACUGGUGGGGACACCAGCAUACUUGCAUCCCAUGCUGGGGACCAAUAUCCAAAACACAGCAGUUGUGGUGUUUUAAUGUUGGUGUUGUUAUGAACACACAAUAGAUUAAAACUUAGACUCACCCUUCCUAUUUAUUAGCAAUGUAAGAUAAUCUUGCAUAAAUGUUAUCUCAAGAAUUACCAUCAAUGUGGCGUCUGUGGAAAUAGGCCAAAGGGAACUGCAUGACGGAUGGUAAAGUUGCUAUUUGCUACUUUAUGUGUAACAUUUUCUUGUUUGUUAAAACAUCUGUAUGUCUGUUUAUUUAAUAGAAAUUUAGCUUAAUUUUAGCUUUUAUUUGUCUAGUGAUCUAUUGUUGUUAUAUGCACAUGUUAAAGGCAAUGUAUAUACCUGUCAACUUAAUUGUAAAAGAGUAAAGCUGUAAUAAGACUAAGAUAAUAAAUAUAUUAUUCAACUUAUGAUUGCUGUUGGUGGUGGUCAUAGUGGUCAUUUUUUGUGUUAAUAUUUUGUGUAUCAUUGU